AUGAGGAAGCUGAAGUUUCACGAGAAGAAGCUGUUGAAGAAAGUGAACUUCUUGGAUUGGAAGAGAGAAGGAGGUCACAGAGAAGCCCAGGUUCUGCAACGUUACCAUGUCACCGGUCGCGACGAUUAUAAAAAAUAUUCGGGUUUAUGCCGAAUGGUGCAGAAGCUGGUGAACAUAUUGAAGCAGAUGAACCCAAACGACCCUUUUCGGAUUGAAAUGACCGAUAUGUUAUUGGAAAAGCUGUACAAUAUCGGUGUGAUACCAUCCAGACAAAGCUUGGCAUUGUGUGAUCAUUUAUCCGUGUCAUCCUUUUGCAGACGUAGGCUUUCAACUGUGGUGGUCCGAUUGAAGUUUGCUGAGCACCUGAAGGAGGCUGUCACAUACAUUGAGCAAGGGCACCUCCGAGUUGGUCCAGAGACUGUAACUGACCCAGCAUUCCUAGUGACAAGGAAUAUGGAAGACUUCGUUACAUGGGUGGAUUCAUCAAAGAUUAGGAGAAAGGUUCUGGAGUACAAUGACAAGUUGGACGAUUAUGAUGCAAUGAACUGA